GACGACUCACUGCUGCUGACUGACUGCGGUGCUACAGCGACAGACAAGAGACAUGACCGCACUCAGGACAAUGCUCAAUCCAGGGCUCCUCAGGCAAGGGGCACGCACAUCCCCCCUCAUCCAGCGAGCCAUGCAAAUCCACACAACACGUCCGAACCGCAUCGGUCCUGCAGGUCCCCAAGUCAUCAAGGGAACAGUCAAUGACCCAGUCACCUUCCCCGAACCAAACAAGGCACAUGGCUCCUACCACUGGGCAUUCGAGCGCGGCAUUUCCGUUGCACUCAUCCCUCUCACCAUUGCACCAUUCGCCGUCGGCUCCCUCAAUCCCGUGACCGAUGCACUACUCGUCUCUGCACUCGUCAUUCACUCCCAUAUCGGCUUCGAUGCAUGCAUCACCGAUUACGUACCGACUCGAAAAUACGGUACAUUUGUGAGUUCGGGAUUCAAGUGGUUAUUGAGGCUAGCAACGGGAACUGUGCUUGUUGGCUUUUAUGAGUUUGAGACGAAUGAUGUUGGCUUGACGGAGGGUAUCAAGCGGAUCUGGACUGCAUAGGAAGGAACACAACAGACAUAGGUAGCAAAUCUACAAGCUUGUGACAAACUCUCGGUACCUGUUGCUCAGAUGAAGACUGCAG